UACAAAGAACUCCUUUACAUACAAAAACUCAUUUCUCUUUUUCAGUUCAAUUCUUUCUUCAAUGGCUAUUGCCAAAUCUUCAGAUUGGUCAUUUCCACCUUGCAUUAACUGUAAAAACAGAAUCUUGAAACCAAAAAUAUGCUAUUCUUGUAAAACUUUACCUUUCCUCUCAAAUAUUUACUUUAAUUCAAGAACUCUGGUUGCUAAAUCCUCUAGCUGUUCAUCUCCUGUCUUAGAAGAAAAAAGCCAAAAAUCACCCUCAAAAAAUUCCAAAAUAAUAGAAUUGGACUUGGAACUUCAAGAUUAUAGUACUACUACUUCUACUUGUUUGACUGAUUCCAAGGAUUUCAAUGGUUUAAUAUGCAGUUUACUUAAGGAUCCUCAAACUCAAGGAAUUGGAUAUGAUUACUAUGAAAAAGCCAAGGAAAAUACAGAUUUUAGACCUGAAAAAUCAACACUAAAGCUUCUUAUCAGGUAUUUGGUGUAUUCAAACAAAUGGGGUUCAAUUAUUUCAUUGUGUGAAGAUUUGAGAAGUUCUCAAGUUUUGCCUGAUAGUUCAACAUGUUGUAAAUUGAUUACUAGCUGCAUAAAAGCAAGAAAAUUCAAGAUUGUAAAUAGUUUGCUUGAAGUGUUUAUACUUUAUGAUCAAGAACUUUCUGUUUUGGCCUUUGAUUCUGCUGUGAAAGGUUACAAUAAGUUGCAUAUGUAUAGCAGUAGUGUUGUUUUGUAUGAAAGAAUGAGAUCUGCUGGACUUGUAUUAGACUCUGGUUGUUACUGUAGUAUAAUGGAAGCACAUUUAAAAAUGGGGCAUUGUGACAAAGUUGUGGCACUUUUUCAAGAAUUUGAGAGCAAGAAAGUAGUGUCCACACCUUAUUAUGCACAAAUUUACAAGAAUCUGUGUGAGUCAUUAGGGAAAUCGGGGCGCGCUUUUGAGGCUUUGGAGUACUUUAGAGACAUGAACAAGAAGGGAAUUCAAGAGGAUCAUUCAUUUUAUUCCAUACUUAUAUGUGGAUUCGCGAGCAUUCGUGAAGUGAAAAUGGCUGAAGAACUUUUAGAAGAAGCUGAAGGCAAGAGAAUGUUGAGGGAUCCAGCUUUGUUCUUGAAACUAGUAUUGAUGUAUAUUGAAGAGGGGUUGAUGGAAAAGACUCUUGAUGUUGUUGCAGUGAUGGCUCGGGUAAAAAUCCGAGUCUCUGAUUGCAUAUUUUGUGCAAUAGUGAAUGGCUUUUCAAGAAAAAGAGGUCUGAAAUCUGCAGUUAAAGUGUAUGAAGAUCUUUGUUCACAAGGCUGUGAACCAGGUCAAGUGACAUAUGCUUCAGUAUUGAACUUAUAUUGUAGGCUUGGUUUGUAUUCUAAUGCAGAAAUGGUAUUUUCUGAGAUGGAGCAAAAGGGAUUUGAUAAAUGUGUAGUGGCUUAUUCUAGCAUGAUUGCAAUGUAUGGAAAAACAGGAAGACCUAAAGAUGCAAUGAAACUUGUUGCAAAAAUGAAAGAAAGAGGAUGUCAACCAAAUGUAUGGGUAUACAAUUCUCUUUUGGACAUUCAUGGAAAAGUUCUAAACUUAAGGCAAGUGGAAAAAAUAUGGAAGGAGAUGAAGAGAAGGAAAAUUUUUCCAGAUAGGGUAAGUUACACAAGCAUUAUAAGUGCUUAUAGCAGGGCAAGGGAAUUUGACAAGUGCUUGACAUAUUAUCAAGAAUUUACACUAAACGGCGGAAGAAUUGAUAGGGCAAUGGCUGGGAUUAUGGUUGGUGUUUUCUCUAAAAUGAAUAGAGUUGAUGAGUUGAUUGGUCUUUUGCAAAAUAUGAAGAGAGAAGGCACAAAGUUAGAUGGGAGACUUCAUAGGUCAGCUUUGAAUUCUCUGAGGGAUGCAGGGCUGCAAAUUCAAGCAAAAUGGAUGCAAGAAAGUUUUGGUGCAACAUGAGUUGUUUUCCCUUUGUAGAUACCAACUGUAUGGUGUAUUAUAUAAAGUGAUUUGACAAUGGAAAAACUACAUUGUGUUGGUGCAAGAACUAACAAAGAUUUGCUCAUUUUAAAGUAUUGAGUCACUCCUCAAACUGUAGAAUUACUUGUUGAAUAUUGACCUCAUAUUCAUAGUAUAUAUCUGAUCAAGCUUUGGAAACAA